GACAUUAAAUCAGGUUAGGGAACUAUUCAGAAUACAAUCGCGGUGGCUUUUACGAAACGCAUCUGAUUUGUCCUCUUUGGGUCGCCGUAGAGACAGUUCUGGAAAAUGGCGGAGAAGAAAAUAGCAGUGCGUUCUCAGGACCCGAGCCAGCGGCGCGUGCUGGAUGUAGCGACUCCGCAGCGGAGGCUCACGCGGCAGCUCGAGGCGCUCGAGAAGGACAACUUCCAGGAUGACCCGCACGCGAGCCUCCCGCCGCCGGUGAAGCGCCUGCCGCAUUUCGACGAGAGUGACGAACCCGGUACAGACGCGUUCACACCGCUCCGGUUCUGCCUCUUAAUAUGAUUGUAAAAACACGUUCCCAGCGCGUGCUUCCGUUUUUACAGUUUUAUGCCUUUUCGCACGUGAACCUGACCUACAGCUCAUGUUGGAGUAGGGCUGUUGCGGUUUCUUAUGAUAACCUAGUCUUAAAAAAUAUCACGGUUUUACGGUAUCAUGGUAAAGGUGAUUUAAAAGCGCCGUAUCGUACACAAAGUUUCCAGUGGAACAGAGCGUUCUGGACCAAAUUCCUUCGUAAGAGUGCUUCUGA